AUGGCAUCUCAUAUUGUUGGAUAUCCCCGCAUGGGCCCAAAGAGAGAGUUGAAGUUUGCUCUGGAAUCUUUCUGGGAUGGAAAGAGCAGUGCCGAGGAGUUGCAAAAGGUGGCAGCUGAUCUCAGGUCAUCCAUCUGGAAGCAGAUGGCUGAUGCUGGUAUCAAGCACAUUCCUAGCAACACAUUCUCUUACUAUGAUCAGGUACUCGACACAACUGCAAUGCUUGGUGCUGUUCCUGCAAGGUACAACUGGAAUGGUGGCGAGAUUGGGUUUGACACUUACUUCUCCAUGGCCAGAGGAAACGCCUCUGUUCCUGCUAUGGAAAUGACCAAGUGGUUCGACACCAACUACCACUUCAUCGUGCCCGAAUUAGGACCUGAUGUUAAAUUCUCCUAUGCUUCUCACAAGGCUGUGACUGAAUACAAGGAAGCUAAGUCGGUAUGUUGUCCGCAAGACUCAUUGUAUAUUUAUGCUACUUGA